AUGUUCGCCGGCCAACGGCCCGUGUUGGACGAGGAGGCCAUCCAGGCUAUGUUCAAGUUGAGCGCCAAAUGGCUUUGCCCGCAGGCCUCUCCCAACGUCAAGCUGGGAUGGAUGUUGGACCACUUCCCAACCCAAUACUUCAUCAUACAGGGACCCCAAGGCCCGGCGGAUGGCCAUUAG